UGUGCCCGCAUUCGCAUUCGGCCCGUCGUCUCACAUUGGACGGCGGCGGUGGCGCGCAUAACGUCUGUUCGUUUUGUUCGUCUCUCUCUCUUUGUCCACAUACCUAUCUGUCUGUUAGUAUCGGGCGGGCGUGAGGCGGAUUUUUUUUUUCGUCGACGUACAAUCGAGAUCGAGUUUUUCUUCCUCGGCGCGAUUUUAUGCUGCACUCGAUGCGGAAAAAGUGAAAUUAAUUAAGCUGGCUGAACUUUCUGGCGUUGUGCUCGGCAGGCAGCCGAGAGCUGGUCUAGUUGGUCUAUGGUGAUGAAGGAAAAAAGUGCGAUUUUUUUUUCGAAGCGGAUUUCUAAUGGUGGAAAAUUGUCUGUUUACUGUUUGUUUACGUGGGUGCUGCUUGUUGCCGCCUGAGCUUGAAACUUGUGAAGUGUCAAACGUCGGCGUCGACGCCAUCCACUUAUGCUGCUGCGCUAAGGAGGUGCUGCUGUGACACACGUAUGCUUCCUUCAUGUUUGCACGUUGCUUAGGCGCGGACAAGAGUUUGGUCGGUGAUCCUAUUGGGUAACACCGGUGUCCUGGUGUGAGUGUUUGUUUUGGGUGAUUUUUGUUUGUUUGAUAAUUUGUGGCAAAAAGUGUUUGAGACGCAAGCACUAAUGGAUUUGAGCUGAGCCGCGGAAGUUUCGAAGAAAUGAAUUACAUUUGAUAGACUUUCUAGCUAUGGGAAAAGCAGUGAAUCCAAAAUGUUCGCUAGAAGUUUGAAAUCUGUGGAAAAUGAUUGAUUGUAUGUGAAAUGAUUGUUUAGCGAAAACUUGCAGGUGUGUACUACUUCCAGUGAAGUGGGUUCUAUUUUCGGGCCGAUUUAGUGAAGAACUGUUUCGAAUUGCUGAACUGAAAUAUUUCAUCAAUUUGGCUGCAAAGUCUUCCCCUCGCCCGGAGGACGACGAUCACGCUGAGAAAGGUGGUGCUUCAAGCGGCGACGGAGGCGUUAAUGUAACUCAGACCGUCGCGGCAGAAGCGAAGAUGACAUCCGGGAUGGAGUUUGGCCGCAGUCCAGAUCAUCACUCAGAGCUGAACAGCAGCAGCAGCGGUAGCGUCCAUGCACCACAGUUUGGCCAGAACCACCCGCUGGGGGUACUCGGAAAUCUGUCGGCACUGAAUAUGAACGUACAGAACCUGUCCGGGCUGUCGGGUCUGUCUGGCCUGCAGCACGGGGAUGUGUUGGAAAAACUGAAGAUGCAAGUGCGUGACAUGAAGGUGGGACUGAUGGGCGAUCAGAGUGAUUUUGCGACGUUGCACGCAAGCUUCGGUGCAAGUUCGUUGCUACAGCAACAGCAGCAGCACCAGCAGCAGCAACAAUCACAUCUAACCGGAAGUGGAAGUGGGUAUGGUAGUGUGGUGGAUCAUAGAAGUAGUGGACAGAACAGUGGUAACAAUUGUGGUGGGAGUGUUGGGGGUGGUGCGAAUCCAGCAAAUGGCAGCAGUUAUCCGUUUACACUACCCAACCCGCCGUCGAUCAGCAAGGAUGCGAACCCGGGCUCGAAUUCGUCGACCUCGAGCGAGACAUCCAACUCAUCACAGCAGAACAACGGUUGGAGCUUUGAAGAGCAGUUCAAACAAGUCAGACAGCUCUACGAAAUCAACGAUGAUCCCAAACGGAAAGAGUUCCUGGAUGAUCUCUUUCUUUUUAUGCAAAAACGAGGCACACCGAUCAACCGUUUGCCCAUUAUGGCCAAAUCGGUGCUGGAUCUGUACGAGCUGUACAAUCUGGUGAUAGCCCGCGGUGGACUGGUGGACGUGAUCAACAAGAAGCUGUGGCAGGAAAUCAUCAAGGGAUUGCAUCUUCCGUCCAGCAUCACUAGCGCCGCCUUCACGCUUCGAACACAGUACAUGAAGUAUCUCUAUCCGUACGAGUGCGAGAAGAAGAACUUGAGCACACCGGCCGAACUGCAGGCCGCCAUCGACGGGAAUCGACGCGAGGGUCGACGUUCCAGCUAUGGACAGUUUGAUUCGCCAUCGGUUCAACGUUCGCCUAUUCCACAGAGCAUCCAGCAGAUGUCCCCGCUGUCACUGGUCACCCAUGUCAACCAGCAGCAACACCAUCGCCUCCUGGGGGCACCGAAUGUCGGUCAGAUGCCGAACAUUCUGCCGGCCGAUUUCGAGCAGCGCAUGCUCGACUACAUCAAACUGUUCCAGCCGAAGGAGAUGAAGCGGGAGCAAAGCCCGGAUCAGAUGACCCCACGGGAUGCGCUCAAUGCGCUGGAAAUGUCCCGCGUUGCUCUUUGGAACAUGUACAAUAACAACACGAGCCCGCCGAACUCGCUGAACACAAGCCCACCGGAAAUGCAGAGUUUGUUCCAUUUCAGGGAAGCUCUCAAUCUGGCGGAAUCUCCGCCUCAUCAUAUGUCGAUCAAGCGUGAACGGGACCACCCGAUGGACUUUACAGAUCGCUCGGGUGCCCGUGACUACCACACUGGAAUUCCACCGGCAAAGCGCAGCAACAACAAUUCUAUCGCUGCAGUUGCUGCUGCACAAUUGCAGCAACAGCAACAACAUCAACAACAGCAGCUGCAUGCCCACAGUCGCUCACUGACCCCACAGAAAUUGAACUUAUCCUCGCAUGAUGAAGACGAUGUUCGCUCCGAUGGAACACCGAUCAAUUUGCGAGGAGAAAAUGGCCUACGCCAUCACGAUGAGGAUAUCCCCGAGGACGAGGAAGAAGAUGAAGAUGAGGAUAUGACUAUAGCGGAAGAUCCCCAUCCGCUGGCGCUGAACAGAAUUACGGAACACGCGGCAGCACUGGCCGCUGCCCAGAGAGAACGCGAACAGGUCCAGGUUAAUCAUUUAGCCAGUUUGAACCUGAGUCUACUGGAACGUGAACGGGAACGGUGUGAUAGUGCGGAUAAAUUGAAACGCCAACAGCAGUUACAGUUGGAACAACUCCAAAGGGAACAGUUGCUCCAUCACCAGCAGCAGCAGCAGCAACAGCAACAACAGCAGCUACAACGUGAGCGGGAUUUGCAACGAGAACGAGAGCGCGAACUUCAGAAACAACAGCAAACACAGCAAUUACAAAUGCAUCAGGAACAUCAUAUUCAUCAGCAACAGCAACAACAGGAACAGCACCGUCAGAACGGUGAUCGUCUCAGCGGAACUGGAAUGGAUAGUGAACGUAACAACACAAGUACCAGCAGUGAUCCUCAAGCCCGGUCCGGAUCGGUGCAUGAUACAUAUAGUCCGGGUAGUGCGGGAGCUGCUGGAGGCAUUAUGGGCAUGCAGUUUAAGCUGAUUAGCAGAGGUGACGCCUCCAAAGGGGACCAACAGCUGGUGGUAUCAAUGGAAUUCAACGGUGUCCAGUAUGAGGGCGUCCUAUUCGCUAACCCAUCGACCUCCCCCAACUCCUCGUCCUUGCUUACAGCAGCAGCAACAGCAUCAGCAAAAGCCAGUAGUAAUGCUAAAAUGAACCAUGGUUGCAGCAACAACCCAGCAUCCUCCCCGCUUCUAGUAACGGCGUCCGGACCAAUGCCACUGGGAUCACGAUCUUCAUCAUCCCCGGCUGGCAGCAUUAACAGUAACAGUUCCACCUCGGUAGACUCGCCUGGCGGAUCGUCGAUUAUUUCACCGGCCAAAACCACCAGCUCUUCGAUUGGUGCGGAUGAAACAAUGGCAGCGGUGGCUGGUCUGAGUGGCCAUCAACCAGCACCACCGCCAGUGAUUGCGCCGAGACCGCUGGUGUCCUAAGCGCAGGCACGCGCCUUUUUACUACAUCGCAUCGUUUGCUCCGACGAGGCGUUUCAGUUAUUUUAUCUCGCUACCUGCCAGGAGAGGUAGCAAAUCUCGCAAUUCACAACUAUCUAUUCGAGCUCUCGAAUUUUGCAUUUUUUGUGCUAUUUGAAAACGGGAAUUCGUUUCUGUUCUUAACGAAACCACUAAACUUUAGGUAAUGAUUAGGUUAAAUUUUAGAGCAAAAUGACUAGAAAGUUUUAUCAGUGUAAAAGCAUGCGCGCGGCUGAAAGUGAUGUUAGGUCGAACCGACAGGUGGCUUCCUGCCGGGAAUGGUGCGUUUUUUCGCUGAGCUUCGAAUCGGUUUUGGGUUGGUGUCUCGACUCAACGGUUCAACGGUUUUUACACACACUGAGCAGAAAGGAAUCACUUUUGAACCAAAAAUUAUUUUUAACUUGUUUUUAUUGGAAAUGGUCUUAAUCGAAGAAACGAACAGCAGAAGAAGUGGUAGGCGAGGUGUAUAUGUGAAAAGCUUAUGAUAGAUAGAUGAGCUAGUAUAGCUUAGCAGCACACACGAGUAGGCAGUUAAUGUUAGAGAAAAAAGAUGUGAUUAUUUUUACUUGAGUUUAGAGUUAAACAGGCAACUAUUCGAGACUGUAGAAAUGCAACGAAUUUUUCUUUCCGUUUAACAUGUGUCGCAUUGGUGUUUGUGCAAAUGUAAGUUCAAAUACAUUGCAGUAUGUAUGAGUAAAAUUUAACCUACUUAAGAGAAGGUAACCCGAUCAAACAGAAACUCUCUUACAGUGCACGUUUAUGACAAAAAAAAAAUGGAAAAUUGUAAAUUUAAUAAUUGAUCGACAAUUUCACAUUUCAACACGAGUUUAGGUAACAUCACUUAAGUUUCAGUUUAAGUGAAAAAAAUGGAAAAUUAACAAAACGAAUUUUUCGCCUGUUAUCAACUGUAUGCAAUCGUUUCUCAUUUAUUGUAUGAAACAAAAAAAUUACAAAAAAACGAAUACGAAAAUAUCUCUUGCAAUAUAAGUUAAGACAAUUUCAAAUCAAUGACAAAAACACACAAACAACAAAGUUUUAAAAACAAGAACAAACGUGUGUAUCUGUAGUUUUUUUUAUAGUAUCCCUAGUGGAGAUAGAGAUGCAUAGAUUUUAGUUAUGUGCUAACUAUUUUGUGCUCUUGAUUGUAGGUAUUUUUAUCAUUUUUUAUGUUUAUUAUUAUAUGUUCCACUGAGACGAAGAAUGAACAAGUAAACUAUUUAAACUAGAUUGAUGAUACCCACUAGCAGUAGUAGUAGUAGUAGUAGUAAUAGUAGUAGAAGUUACAAGUUAGCGUUUAGCAGAAAAGACAUGACCGCUUGCAAACAUCACAGACAAACAGAUUCGUUAGUGAAGCUUUAGAAUCCAAGUCACUUUUAUACACAUACACGUCACACGGACACGCAUACGCAAACCCACACAAACACACAUCAGCUAGCUGUAAUAAUAUGGUAUAUAUGAAGAACAAAACAUAAUCGCUUUUACUCUGUCCUUAAAUGGUUAAAGUAAUCCUAUUUCCUUCACGUCGUAGGCGAAGGAAGGAUACUUUUUAUUUGAAUGUGGAACAAUUUGAUCUAUAAUAUAGAAAAAUGUUUUAAAGUAAACCGCC